AUGGGUAGAAGAACACACACAGUUGUCGUGAUGGAGAGCGGAACACCCAUCUCUCAGGAGGAGCUGGAGGAGCUCAGAGAAGCUUUCACUAAAAUCGACGUGGACAAUAACGGCUUCAUCAGUAAAGAGGAGCUGAACGAGCUGUUCCGAGCCGCUAACCUCUCUCUGCCCGGAUACCGCAUCCGAGAGAUGGUCCAGGAGAUGACGCAGGACAGCAACCAGCUCUCCUUCCAGCAGUUCACACAGAUGGUGCACGGCCUGAAGAGCACAGAGGUGGCCAAGACCUUCAGGAAAGCCAUCAACAAGAAGGAGGGAAUCUGCUCCGUGCGAGGGACCUCAGAGCAGUCAGGGACCCAGCACUCAUACUCAGAGGAGGAGAAGGUGGCGUUUGUGAACUGGGUGAACAAGGCUCUGGAGAAAGAUGGCGACUGUGACCACGUUCUGCCCAUGGACCCCUGCACCAACCAGCUGUUCAGUGCAGUGGGAGACGGCAUCGUGCUCUGUAAGAUGAUAAACCUGUCUGUCCCUGACACCAUCGAUGAACGAACCAUCAACAAGAAGAAGCUGACUCCCUUCACUAUCCAGGAGAACCUGAACCUGGCCCUGAACUCUGCGUCUGCCAUCGGCUGUCAUGUGGUGAACAUUGGGGCUGAGGACCUGAAAGAGGGCAGGCAGCACCUGGUGCUGGGGCUGCUGUGGCAGGUCAUCAAGAUCGGACUGUUCGCCGACAUUGAGCUGAGCCGCAACGAAGCUCUGAUCGCUCUGCUGAGGGACGGUGAGAGUCUGGAGGACCUGAUGAAACUGUCCCCAGAGGAACUGCUGCUGCGCUGGGCCAACCACCACCUGCAGGAGGCCGGCUGCUCCAGGAUCAACAACUUCAGCUCCGAUAUCAAGGACUCUAGAGCGUACUACAACCUGCUGAACCAGGUUUCUCCGAAGGGCGAUGAGGACGGAGUUCCCCCAGUGGCCAUCGACAUGUCCGGGCUCAAGGAGAAGGAUGACCUGAAGCGUGCGGAGCAGAUGUUGGAGCAGGCCGAACGUCUGGGCUGCAGACAGUUCGUGAUGCCUCCAGACGUGGUCCGAGGAAACCCCAAACUCAACCUCGCCUUCGUGGCCAACCUGUUCAACAAGUACCCGGCGCUGAAGAAGCCCGAGAACCAGGACAUCGACUGGAGCUCCGUGGAGGGGGAGACGCGUGAGGAGCGGAUGUUCAGAAACUGGAUGAAUUCUCUGGGAGUGAACCCUCGAGUGAACCGCCUCUACACAGACAUCAACGACGCCUUGGUGAUCUUCCAGCUGUAUGAACAGAUCAAAGUUCCUGUGAACUGGGACAAAGUGAACAAACCUCCCUACAGCAAACUGGGCAGCAACAUGAAGAAGCUGGAGAACUGUAACUACGCCGUGGAGCUGGGGAAGAACGAGGCCAAGUUUUCUCUGGUUGGAAUCGCAGGACAAGAUCUGAACUCAGGGAAUCGCACCCUCACCCAGGCGUUACUAUGGCAACUCAUGAGGAGAUACACUCUGAAAAUCCUGGAGGACCUGGGCGACGGGCAGAAGGUCACCGACGACACCAUUGUCUCCUGGGUCAAUCAGACUCUGACACAAGCUGGAAAAACCUCCAUCUCCAGCUUCAAGGACCUGUCCAUCAGCAGCAGUAUCCCUGUGAUUGACCUGAUCGAUGCCAUCAGACCUGGAUCCAUCCGCUACGAGCUCCUGAAGACAGAGGACCUCACUGACGAAGAGAAACUCAACAACGCCAAAUACGCCAUUUCAAUGGCGAGAAAAAUCGGCGCCAGAGUCUACGCUCUGCCCGAGGAUCUGGUGGAAGUCAAGCCCAAGAUGGUGAUGACGGUCUUCGCCUGCCUGAUGGCCAGAGGACUCUAG